AUGGAGAAGAUUCAAGAACAAAACAAGCUCUCUUCUUUAGAUCAGAAAGGGAAGGUGAGAAGAAGCUUAGAAGUUCGAGGAUCUGCAGCGGAUCAGUUCUCAACCCAAAUCUUGCAAGACACAAGAGUUCCGUUUCUACAAAUGCUGCAACAACAGAGUGAAAGUGAAGACCCUUCUUCGUUUCUAUCGUCCAUCAAAGACCCAAACUUUCUAGCGUUACUCUCUCUUCAGGGACUCGAAAAGCCUUGGGAACUCGAAAACUAUCUCCCACAUGAAGUCCCAGAGUUUCACUCACCGACCCAUCACAACCAAUAUAUUGAAGCAGUCAAUGAAACCAUCUCAAGCCAAGAACUUCCGUCAAACCCACUACAAAAUGCAGCGAAUUCAAGACGCAGUAAGCGCAGAAACAACUUGCCAGCAUCAAUGACCAGAGAGAAGAGGAAGAGAAGGAGAACCAAACCAACAAAGAACAUAGAAGAAAUGGAGAAUCAAAGAAUGACGCAUAUUGCGGUUGAACGAAACCGCAGACGCCAAAUGAACAUUCAUCUGAAUUCACUCCGCUCUCUCAUUCCAUCUUCUUACAUCCAAAGGGGAGACCAAGCGUCGAUAGUAGGAGGAGCAAUAGACUUCGUGAAGAUCCUCGAGCAACAGUUGCAAUCCUUAGAAGCGCAAAAGAUGAAUCAACAGAGUGAUCAUAAUAACAGAGACAUUUCGUCGAACGAGUUAUGUGCGAGUAAUGAAGAAGAGCAAAGUCGCAAGCUCAGAGUGGAAGCCACAGUGAUAGAGAGUCACGUCAAUCUGAAAAUCCAAUGCCCGAGGAAACAAGGACAGCUUCUCAGAUCAAUCAUUUUGCUUGAGAAACUUCGAUUCACUGUUCUUCAUCUCAACAUCACAUCUCCGAUUAAUACAUCCGUCUCUUAUUCCUUCAAUCUCAAGAUGGAAGACGAUUGCAAUUUAGGAUCGGCCGAUGAGAUAACGGCGGCGAGAAACCCAAAACGAGUGGUCGAAUCGUUUCCGACUGCUCACAGAGGAACCAUCUCCACAAUCCCACAAAUUAGCGCCAAAGCCAUGGCUUCACUUUCAAUCUCUUCCUCUUCGACCAUCAUCGAUUCAAGAGCUCCUUCUCGACAAUCCUCCGCCUCCGCCUCUUCUCCGUCGUGUAUUUCCCUUCCGACGCUCCCUCCUCAGCCGCUUCAGUCUCAGACCCGCGCCGCAAAAGCCACUUCUUACUGUCGGAAGAUUGCGAGGAGCGUUGUGACGAGGUCGACUGGCGAGGUUCCCGCCACUACUGAAGUUACGACUACAGAGUUGCCGGAAAUCGUCAAGACUGCUCAAGACGCUUGGGACAAAGUGGAGGAUAAGUAUGCAAUUGGUUCUCUUGCAUUAGCUGGUCUGGUUGCUCUUUGGGGCUCUACUGGAUUGAUCUCGGCAAUCGACAGGCUUCCAUUGGUUCCUGGUGUUCUUGAACUUGUAGGCAUUGGCUACACCGGAUGGUUCGCUUACAAGAACCUGAUCUUCAAACCAGACAGGGAGGUUCUCUUUCAGAAGGUGAAGGACACAUACAGAGACAUAUUAGGGAGCAGCUGA